AUGGUAUUUCGUUCUUCCAUACCCUUGGCUACGGCCCUUCUACUUCUGUCCCAUGGGACUGCUGCAACACCUGUUCCAGGGCCCAAGACGAAAGCAUUUACCCAACCUAUCGGUAUUCCAGAAUUCCAGGCUACGAGCGUCUUUGAUGGUCCGAUCCCAGAAAUCAUCACCCUUACACCAGCCGAUCUUCACAACGUUACUGAGGUACCGGCACACGUGCCCGAUAAUGUACAAGUGGUAGACGAUUCUGAGAUUGAUAAGCGCUUCGUCUUUGGGCCCGACAACCGUGUUCUAUGGACAGAUAAGUCUUACCCGUUUUCGGCUAUGGGAAAAAUCCAAUGGUCGAGCGGUGUUUACUGCUCGGGCGCCCUGAUCGGACCGCGUCACGUAGCUACUGCCAAGCACUGCGCUCCUCUCAACAACCCAGGUGUCAGCGUACGCUUCAUGCCGGCAUAUUAUGACGGCGAGUCAUUCCCCGGCGCGUAUGUAACGACGAUCAUCCACCUCCCUGGAUACUCGGUGAACGACCCAGACGCGAAUGCUUGCGACAUCAAGGAGGACUGGGCUAUCUUCAUUCUAGAUGCUCGUCUCGGAGAUCAGCGCGGAGGCCUUGGAGCCAAGGUCAUCGAGCCAUCGCUCAUUAACAACCCCCAACUCCUUCACCUCGGGUAUCCGGGUGAUUUGGCAAAUGGCGAGAGACCGUAUCGACAGGAGAAGAUUACUGUUCGAAACAGAUUCGACUGUGAUGCGACUGGUGGCCUCUCUACUGAUGCUGAUGUCGCUGGCGGUAUGAGCGGCGGUCCUAUCUGGCAAAACGACAACGGGUCUCGCUACCAACUCGGUGUUCUAAGCGCAACCAGUUCCACAGAGACAGUCUUCGCCGGCGGCAGCAAUUGGAUCGGCGCCGUUGCUCGUGCCCGCCAAGAUUUCCCUUGA